UUCGAAGUAUCUUUCCAACCAACAUUCAACUAAAAUGGCAAAAAUAAUUGUCACUGUCAUAGCAUGUAUCUUGUCAUUUCCUGAAUUAAAAAUUUCAGCUUAUAAUCAAGAACCAUAUAUUAUUUAUAAUAAUGGAGUGACUUCAGAGAAAAAUUUACCAUUAUGUGAAAAACAAACUACUGCAUGUAACAUUGUCUAUAAUAGAUUUUGGUUGUCAACAAUGGUAGUAAAACUCUGCAAAUGUUUAGAUCUUUCGGAAUGUCCUUCUAAUUGGGAUGAUGAUCAAUAUACAAUGCACUUUAAUAACAGAGCACAACUGAAGUUUUGCAUCAAAAUAAAAGAUCUUCACAAGUGCAAUAAUACAGAAGUUGCUAUAAAAGUUCACAACAAGAAAAGCAAUUUACCAGUAGUUUCACUUACAGCAAGUAUUUUUUGUUACUGUUCACAAAUGCACUUUUAUAAGUUAUCAUAUCUUGAUGAAACAAAAAAUGAACUUGAUACUUUAACUCAAAUACAACAUUACCAGUGUUUGGAGAAGAAAACCUGCUUUCCUCAAGAAUUUUGUGGUCAUAUAACAGUAGAUAAAUAUGAAAUUUAUAAAGUUUGUAGAUGUCCAAAAGAUCAUAUAUGUGUAAUGGAAAAUUUACAAACAAUACAAGUUACAGAACCUUUAUAUGAUGGAUUAGCUUAUGAAGGUUAUUGUACUUUUCUUACUGAUGAUUAAUAAACAUUUAAUGUGUAUACUUUUAUAAAUUUGUAAUUCUAUUUAUUUAACAAUAUUCAAAUAUUAAAAUACUUAAUGAGUCAGUUUGUGAAUCAGUGAAAUUUGACAUUGCGACAUUCUUGAUCUUGUACUCUCUCGUAUACCAUGUCUGUUAUACAAGAAUUCAGAGAAUGCAAAUACUGGUGAAGUGAUCUUGCAAACACUGGACUUAGUGGUCAAAAAUCUAAACAAAGCUAGACAGACCUCCAUUGGGUAAAAGUUAAGAUCUGUGCAACUUGAACAAGUAAAGGUUUAUUUGAUUGGCUCUGAAAAGUUGUAGCCUUAUUGACAGAUAGGCAGGUUUGAAAAGCAUGAGUCUUAUCAGGACUGCCAGAUAGGCAUAUAGAUGCAUAAUUUCUAAAUUCUAAGUAAAAAUGACAAGCUUAAGUGUAUACAAGUUUUUUUUUACUCCCAGAACAAUUGUGAGCAAAUUUUGGACAAAUUUCACUUUUCUGAAAAAAAAUGGCUAAAAUAGCAAAAAUUAACAUAAAUAUGAGAAUUUAGACAAAAUUUUUUCAAAAUUUACCGCAAAAUGGGUGUGAAAGAAAACAUUUUUGAUCAUUGAACAAUAAAAAAAUCUGGCAACCAAGUCAAGUUAUUUAUAUGUAUGUAACAGUGGUGUAUUUCUUAACAGUUGCAAUAUCUACAAUAUAUUUCAACUUUAAUGUUGUACAAAGUAUAUAAUAAAUGUGUUUUUCAAAACUGACCGAAGUGAUUCGUGAAUUACUUAAAUUCACUCACAUUUACUAACCUAAUGAGUCGCUGACACAAAAUUUUUAGGCUAGCAUAAUCUCUGUACACAAUUAUAUAUAAUUAAUUUGUAUUAAUGUGUUCAUUUUAUAUUACUCUAUAUACAUAUUUUUAUUUUACUUUAUAUUUUAUCCUUUUAAUUUUUGUGCAUUUAUUUUAUCUUAUUUGUAAUUUAAAUUAAUUUUGUUAUAUCCCAUAACAAUUUUGUCAAUAUUCCAAUCUUUGUUCUAUUCAUUAGGUUGCAUAAUUCAGGACAUUCCAAUUUUCAACAUGAGUGUUGAGUGUUGCAACCAACAAUUUGACGUCAUCAAUGACGUUCCAACUUUGAGUAAAAAGUGCUUAGUUCCCACAAUUCCAUUCUCAGCAAAAUGGAUUUCAUUCAAAUGUCGCACCAAUUACCCAUAAUUCAUUGGAAGGUAGUGGUCAACAUAUCUGUUGAGUGCUGAGUGUGUUGAGUCAGCUUUGACAACAGCACCACUUCAACGUUGAAAAAAGGAACGACUUUUAAUGAACACUGAGAUCAGUGCUUAGUCAGUAUUGAAAACUGGGAUGUCCUGAUUGAUUCAAGUUCAAAUCUAAGCAUCCUAUUACAUAUUAUAUAUAAUAUAUUCUGAAGAUGGUUGUUUAGGUAGCUGAAAAUGUUAUAUUAAAUAAUUUUUUUUUCUGGUAAAGGUUUGAGAUUAAUUGAAAUUAUAAGUUACAUUUAAUGUAUUUUUUAUUAGCAACAUUUCAAUGCUUUUUCUCCAAAUAGAUUUAUAAAAUUAAUGAGUAGCACAUGAAAUAAUCUUAUUAAAUGACUGAAUCAAUUGUGAAAUAAACUGCUUACUAUCAAAAUCAUGUUACUUUUUAAACAGAGAAACUGAAAAUUCUCUCAAGUACACA